AAGACUUAAUGCUUCUGCCAUGGUACAUAAUCGAUAAUUGAAAUUGCAAGAGGAAUGUAAUGCUUGGAGUUCAUGCAGUUAAUUUUAUUGCUCGCACUUGUAAUUUGAAAGUAAUUCUGCAAUCAAUAUGAACAUGGCAUGGUGUGGAACAGGAAAGCCUGCAGUCCAGCCACUAGCAGUCCUGUAUUUCAUUGGGAGCCGCUGCUCUGUGUGGCACUGGGAUGAAUUUGACCCAGUUUCUUUCUCUAGUCAUAUAAAUAAGAUCUUGGUGCUGUUUAGGUGCACCUAAUGUUUCUGCAUUGCGUGAGGUCAUGUUUCUCAAAGGCUUCUGAUGUUUCAAGCCCUUUCUGUGCCCCACAAACUGCUUCAGGUGCUGCUUGGAGCUGUGGCAGACUCCAAAACUUUUCCCUGUCUAAAUCCUCCUCUUGCAACAGGAAAAUGUGCCCCCCAGAAAGGGGCAGGAGAUGGAGGGGCUUUUCUGCUUAUGGGCGUUGCAAAUAUGUGUAUCAUCAGGAGAGUGGCCUGUCUCUGGCCUUGGAACCCAUCUCUUAGGAGAGUCCAGCCAACUCUGACAUCCUACUUUCCUCUCCUCAAGCAGUUGUAGCUCCAAGGGGGAGGAAAGCCAAGAGCCCAGAGAUGGAUCUUUAUGUUGUCACUGUCAGUCCUGGUUUCUGUCUUGCUGGCUGGAGGACCCUCAUCCCUUCCUGCAGCAGUCAGGUGGGUUUUGCAGAGCAAAAGGUGGUGUCUGAAUGCUCUGUGUGCCUCACCUGUGCUUCUGCUUUCCUGCAUUUAUUGCCACAGUAAUAAGCAUAGCUUAUUCCGCAGGCUGUCUCUGUGACACUGAAGUUCAAAGGUUUUCUGAUGUGAAGUCUGAAGUGAUGCGUGCCCUGAUCAAGAGAGCAGCACGAGCCCUUCAUCUCCCUGAGCUGGGAUUGGGGCCGAGUGCUGCCAUUGGGCUGUCUGGCUGCUCACACAAACUGGCAUCCUCUUGAUCUCUAUGGGAGUACUGACAAAUUUAAGAGCAAGUGAGGCUUUCUCUGGAUGUAAAAUAACCAAGCAGGCUAACUUUAGAAAAUAUCAAGGCUCUGAUUGUUUUUUCCAAAAUAGCUUUGGUGCGUAAUUUCCAACAGCAGGCAGAACUUGUAGGGAGGCUAUUUGAAUUAGAGGACUCUUCUUUUUCCUUCAGUCUCAUCCUGUUAAUUUAUCAAGCCAAUUAACCAACGUUACCCAGGGAUACUUUGCUCCUGUGCCGUGCCCUCCCCCACCCUGGUUGAGAGAUGUCUGCACACACGGUGUGUUAUUCCUUGCCUGUAAAUUGUAUGCAAGUACAUUGGCACUUUCUCAUUUGUUUGGCUUUGUUUUAAUCUCUUCACCCCGAGCCCAGCUGAAGUACAUCACAGGUUCUGCAGCUAAUUAGCACAAUUACAGCUGUCCGCAUCAGGUUGGGAGAUUGAGUUAGGGCAGUCAGGAUCCCAAUGUGCUGGAGUCUCAUUACUGAGUCUCCAGUGCAGCCACAUCUAAUGAAAUUCAAACAGAUCGGGUUAAAUUAGAUUAGUUAAUGGAAUCCUCAUCUUCUUAGUUUAAUGUAAUUCUGAAUGGUGAAUCUUUAGUUUCCCUGGAAAAUAAAUGUUUCUUUGGAUUGGAUCUGACUGAACCCUGCAGGCCUCAGCUCCUGGGGCUGGGAGCACUUUGUGUUCAGAACCUGAACUGCGUGGGCUCAGCUUGUUGGUGGCUUUCAGGGAUUGUGUGCUAGAGAGGUCUGGGAGUAGCUUGGUCUGGGAGGGGAAGGGAGCAUUUUGCAGUGCUCUUCCUUGGUAACUGUGGGGUGGUCUCAAGGGUCUCACGUGGUGAGUCCUUCCUGCUCUUACGUCACCACAGCUGGAGCAGGAGAGGUGUGGAAGCGUUCUUUGUUGCAUCACAUUCUGUCGUUUGUUAGUCUUGUGCUACCUGUAACCUGGUGCUUUGCCCUGGUACCUGGGAAGGGUGAAGGACAGAGGAGGUGCCCAGCUGCGACUCAGCGAUUGCCCUGCUGAUGAUGGCCCUUACUCGAAGGGGAGCAAGGACUCCGGCGGGAUGGACUCAGCCCUGGUCUCCAGGAGGCAAAGCAUCCCAGAGGAGUUCAGAGGGGUCACCAUUGUGGAGCUGAUCAAGAAGGAAGGAAGCACCCUGGGGUUGACCAUCUCGGGUGGCACGGACAAAGAUGGGAAGCCAAGGGUCUCCAACCUGAGGCCAGGAGGACUGGCAGCGAGAAGUGACCAGCUGAACGUUGGGGAUUACAUCAAGUCGGUGAACGGCAUCAACCUGACCAAGCUGCGGCACGACGAGAUCAUCAGCCUGCUGAAAAACGUGGGUGAAAGGGUAGUGCUGGAAGUCGAGUAUGAACUUCCCCCAGCCGUGCCAGAAAGCAGCGCUGGCAUUAUUCCCAAGACCAUUGAGGUGUCCCUCUACAAGGAAGGCAACAGCUUUGGCUUUGUGCUCAGAGGGGGAGCCCAUGAAGACUGGCACAAGUCCAGACCGCUUGUGCUCACCUAUGUGAGGCCGGGUGGCCCAGCAGACAGAGAAGGGUCCUUGAAAAUCGGGGACAGGCUGCUGAGCGUUGAUGGGAUCCCUCUGCACAGUGUGACCCACGCUGACGCCCUCAACAUCCUGCGGCAGUGCAGCCAGGAGGCACUCUUCCAGAUCGAAUAUGAUGUGACCAUCAUGGAUACUGUAACGAAUGCUUCGGGACCUCUACUAGUUGAAAUAGCAAAGACUCCAGGAUCGACGCUAGGAAUCACACUGACAACAAGCACGCAUCGGAACAAGCAGGUCAUUGUCAUUGAUAAGAUCAAGCCGGCCAGUGUGGUGGACAGAUGUGGAGCACUGCAUGUUGGUGACCAUAUUCUCUCCAUCGAUGGCACAAGCACAGAGCACUGCUCCUUACUAGAGGCAACUCAGCUUUUAGCUGCCACCUCAGAAAACGUCAAGCUGGAGAUAUUACCUGUUCACCAAAGCAGGCUGCCUUUGAAGCCCCCGGAAACAGUCAAGGUGCAGAAGAGUGACCACCACCACUGCUGGGACCCCUGUGUCAACUACUGUCACACCCACCACCCUGGGCACUGCAAGACGCCCACAUGGAACCAGACAUCUGGACAGGAUUAUUGCAAAUCUCUGGUGGCUGCCAACUUCUCAUCUCCCACCAUGAACGCGCAGGGCUUCCCCUGCCAGAACUCGAACACGCUACCUCGCAGCUCCCACCCCAUGAGUCCCCGCACCACCAUGCUGAGGAGGAGGCAGAAGAAGAAGGAGCACAAGAGCUCAUUAUCGUUGGCCUCCAGCACGGUGGGUCCUGGCGGGCAGAUAGUCCACACGGAGACGACAGAGGUGGUGCUCAGGGGAGACCCUUUGAACGGCUUCGGACUUCAGCUCCAGGGAGGCAUCUUUGCUACUGAAACCCUGUCCUCCCCACCUCUCGUCCGUUUUAUUGAGCCUGACAGCCCGGCAGAGAGGUGUGGGCUGCUGCAAGUGGGAGACAGAGUCCUUUCUAUCAAUGGCAUUGCAACUGAGGACGGGACUAUGGAGGAAGCUAAUCAGCUUCUGCGGGAUGCUGCGCUGACGAACAAAGUGGUGCUCGAAAUUGAAUUUGAUGUUGCAGAGUCUGUCAUACCCAGCAGCGGCACUUUCCACGUUAAAUUGCCCAAGAAAAGAGGUGUAGAGCUUGGAAUUACAAUCAGCUCUGCGAGCAGAAAGCCUGGGGAGCCUUUGAUCAUCUCUGACAUCAAGAAGGGGAGUGUAGCACAUAGAACUGGCACCUUGGAGCCGGGAGACAAGCUGUUAGCCAUUGAUAACAUCCGACUCGACAAUUGCUCAAUGGAGGAUGCUGUGCAGAUUUUAAGGCAAUGUGAAGACCUGGUCAAAUUGAAGAUUAGGAAGGAUGAAGAUAACUCUGAUGAGCAGGAGACAACCGGUGCUAUAAUCUACACGGUGGAACUGAAGCGAUACGGUGGUCCCUUGGGAAUAACCAUCUCUGGGACCGAGGAACCCUUUGAUCCCAUUGUCAUUUCAGGCCUGACAAAAAGAGGGCUGGCAGAAAGAACCGGAGCCAUCCACAUCGGUGACCGAAUACUUGCAAUCAAUAAUGUGAGCCUCAAGGGCAAGCCACUGAGUGAAGCAAUCCACCUGCUGCAGAUGGCAGGGGAGACGGUAACGCUGAAGAUCAAGAAACAGAUGGAGAAAUCCUAUCCCAAGAAGUCUGGGAGUAUAAAUGAAGUGAGUGACCCCGAAGACGAACUGACGGACUCCCAGAAAACAAGCAAGCUGUCUGAGAUGUACUCUACCACUAUUCCUAGUGUAGACAGUGCUAUGGAGUCCUGGGAUGGCUCCGGCAUUGAUGCUGGGUAUGGAAGCCAAGGUACGUACAUACCUCAGGCUGCAGGCAUUGCCCUUCAUCCGCAUGAAUGGAGACACAGCAGGCAAAAGAGCAGCACCCCUCCUACGGACCCCAGGAAAAGUUACCCCUUCAUGGAUGGGAGCUUCAGUGAAGAUGACUGGGACAAGCCCAGCAGAUACCCCAACCGCCAAAAUGGCCUUGAGACCACUCACGAGGAUAGUUUUUGGCGUGUUUUUGGAGAAGCUCUGGAGGAUUUGGAAACAUGCGGCCAGUCUGAACUUUUGAGGGAGAUUGAGGCAUCCAUCAUGACGGGGAGCGUGCACAACCUGGGCCUGGAGGGCAGCAAGCUUCUCCUGGACUCUGUCAACCCAUCGGGGCUGAGCCCAUUGAGGAAGGCAAACUCCAGCUGUGACAAUGGACAGACUGAGAGCAGCAGCUCCCCUGCCAAGAAGAAUGAGAGGAACCUGGACAUGAAGAAGAUGGAGAAGGAGAUGCAGGAGAUCAUGUCCCCUACCCCCCUUGAGUUUCACAAGAUGACACUUCACAAAGACCCAGAGAGCGAAGACUUUGGAUUCAGUGUGUCGGAUGGCCUGCUAGAAAAAGGUGUCUAUGUAAAUAUGGUCCGUCCGGAUGGGCCAGCAGAUCAGUGUGGCCUCAAGCCAUAUGACAGAGUGCUUCAGGUAAAUCGUGUCCGAACGAGAGACUUUGACUGCUGUCUGACUGUCCCCUUGAUCUCAGAGGCUGGAGACAAGCUGGACCUGGUGAUCAGCCGAAACCCUUUGGCUGCCAACGCUCCUCCGGAGGGGAAUGGGGAGCUGCUGGCACAGGCAGCCCGCGCCGAGGUCAAGGCGAGCGUCCAGACACUGUGAGCAGCCGCAGCGGAUGAUGCCUGGGGCCUCUGCUGAGCCAUUGUGGUAUUUGGGGUGUUCUUCCUGUUCUUUGCACUGGUUUUUGUAAAUGCUGUGUGUAUCAUCAGCUCCAAGGGGGGAGGUGGGUCUUCAGUGAGCUGUCACCUGUAGGCCAACCAACGCUGCUGGGAAGGUUGAAGCUGGAUGUGUGUUUCUGGGGCUGGGGUGAGCUGCUGCAUCCCCAGUGCAUUGUGGUGCAUGGGGUCCUGCCCCAGCACCUCCUCGUUCUUCAGGCCUUGGCCAUCCUACAAACACACAUGGUGCUAUUUUUAUCCUUGUUUGCUCUGUUUAUCACAUACAGCAAGACUGAACUGUUGUUCUUUUUCUGUUGUACCCACCUCCACCCUCCAAAUACACACACUCCUGAUACAUUGAUUCCUGCAGUCCCUUUCUCUCCUGCUGUCAGGCUAUGGAGGGCCCUGUUUAAAGACAGUUUGAAAUGCACUUGAUGGUGUCUAGGUGCAGUUCUUGUUCAGAAAUUUAUGUUUGCAGCUGCCUCACGCCAGCCCCUUCCAUGCUGCCCCAGCAGGGCUGACUCAGCCCAGUGCCCACUGCCCAGGGCACCUCGUCUCACCAUCAGCAGUGCAGUCGUCUGUGCCACACAAUGGUAUUACAGAGCAGAAGGCUGUGCCCAAGGCUGAAGACCCUAAAUGCCUGCUCAAAUCCCUAACUCCUGUUUUUCAGAUGGAUGUUAUGGAGUUAAUGCAAUUAAAAAGCAGAAGUGUUGUUAUCCAGGGUGGUUGAUGUUUUGAAUUAAUGGAACCUUCUUGUCCCCUGCCAGGCAGUGAAGUGAGAAGUCCUGCGGUAGAUGGAGAUCGUGCAUCCCCUGCCCCCACCUGCACUAGCAGUGCCUACGUGGCUUUGCUUUGUUAACCCCAUUGCCUGUUGCUGGCCUUCUCAUGGCCUCCAAGCAUGGUGCCCCUGCUUGUCCCCAUUGCCCCUGUGUGCCCAGGCCAUGGGGAGGAGGCAGCUGAGGUAUUUGUGUCAGCUUCCCCAUCUGCAGGAGACAGUCAGAAUCUGGCUGUGGGCUCCUCCUCCUCUCUUUGCUGUGAGUUUCUCCUGUGGCAGAUGUGAGCUGCACUCUGUGUUCCACGUCUUAGCACUUUAUGAUGACGUUAGCAUCCUGGCAUCACUUUGCCCAUGAAGGCUCAGGUGUGGUGGUAUGGUGGAGGUGAGGAACUUGCAUGGUUGUGGGCUGCAGCCCUGGUGACCACUGUCCCCAUUCCCCCACUCACCAUUUCAUUUCCUCCAUCACCACCCCAUAGCAGUGCUGUGUUCAGGUGCCAUAGAGCUAUAUGCAGCACGUUUCUCAUUUUGCUGAGCCAGGAUUCACUCUUGCAUCCAUCCCCACUUUGCAGCUCUGUCCCUCCACGAUGGCCCAGUAUAGUGGGGUGUUUCUUUGAGGUAUGUCCAGCCCCAUCCAGCUACUUGUCAGUGUAGCCAUUUUCUCUUCGAGUAUGCAAUAUCCCAUACCAUUGCUGCCACAACUAGAUAAUGUGCCAUAAUUGAUACUGUGGAGCAUUGACAGUGCAGCCGAAAGUGUUUUUAUAUGCAAUAUUCUGAACAGCGGAAGCUCGCUGGGGCUUCUCAUAGGUUUUUAAUGAAGACUUUUAUUAAAGGCUUUAAAAAAAGGAAGAAAAACUUGGUCCUUGUAUCCCUUCCUAUGCAUUUUGAAUGAUAUGAAGAUGAAAUGCAUUACUUAAAUGUGUAUUUUUAUCCAUAUAUUAGAGUGUAUUCCUUGUAAAGUAUUUUUAUAUGCUGAUUUUCUUAUGUAUCUAUGAAAGCACAAUAUUUAAAAGUACAGCAUUUCAAAGAAUAUUUUAGUCCUGUUUUGGACCUAUUUGUAAAUCUCUGUAUUUAAAUGGCAUUGCAAUGACUUUGACUUUUUUUUUAAUUAAAUAAAAACAAAGGAAAUGCAUGUGUUGUGGGUCUGUUUCUUUCUGUUAGAGGACAGGAGUAGGGCAUUACUCUGCAUCCAGCCCUAUUUUCCCUUCCCAGAGAACCCCUUCUAAGGCAAUGAGGAAGACACAGGGUUGGUGGGACCACUACUAGGGCUCCCAGUGCAGUCUUCGGAUUGGCACUUGCCACUGCCCAGCAGCAGGAUUUGGGACCACUUGCUUUCCUCCCUGCAGAUAAGGGGACUGUUUCUCUGCAGCUCUCUGCCCAUGCUCCAUGGCUGUGGAGAUACUUACAUGGUUAUAAUAUUGCUUACAUCAACUUGGCCACACCGGAAGCCUCCUUGGUUCAAACCUUGGCUACUUCAUGACAAAAUAUUGGUGUGGCAUUGCACAUGGUGGCUGUGAAGUAGCAGUGUUUGCAAAGUAGUGGGUAGUCCCCAAUGGAAGGGAUAAGGAGGUGACCUGAUGGGCACUUGGAUUCCCAAGAUGCAUGAAUCAUAGAAUCAAUCACCAAGGAUGGAA